AUGCCAGCGGAGCGCUACACUGUUUUGGACCUGGCGAGGAAAAGAAGCACCGCCAUGACCACCGUCCGUCCUCCUGUGCUGGGUGUGGUGAGUUCACACCCAUCAGAAAAGAAUGACUACCACAGCCACGCAUUGAUGGCGACCUGCCACGUUGGCAGGUUCACGCUGAGCGUCUGCUACUACGCCCUGUCCCUGAACACGUCACAGCUCCACUCAUAUCCAUACAAUAGCUGUUUCCUGUCGGCUGUGGUGGAGGUGCCGGCGUACAUGAGCAGCGGCCUUGCCAUCCGAUACUUUCCGCGAUGCUUCGGCGUGAUGGCCGUCUUCCUCACUAUAGGCCUGGUGCUCUUUUCCAUUCAGCUGGUACCUAAGAGUGAGUGGGACACCAAAGCCAAAGAGUUGAGCUCAAAACCAGUAGGGGCCCCUGGGUCACCCAUCUUCUGCCAGGGUAUAGUUCAGAAGCAGUAA